AAUGACGUCGAACCCUUGCGUCGAACCUUGUAGACAAAUAAAUAUGGCUGAUUAGCCAAAUCAACUAUUUUUUACUUUCUAGAAGAAAAAAAAACCUGCUAAUAGUUCAUUGCUAGGGUGGGUGCUGGCUAAUAAAGUUAAUUACGACGUAUUGAAGAACAUUUAAUUCAGAAAAAUGGAGAGUUUAUUCAGCAUGUGGAAAGUACGAGAAAUAGCAGACAAGGUAACGAAUGUUGUUAUGAACUAUACGGAAAUCGAGGCCAAAGUAAGGGAAGCUACUAACGAUGAAGCUUGGGGUCCUACUGGGGCUUUGAUGCAAGAACUUGCACAUGCCACAUUCACUUAUGAACAUUUUCCGGAAGUUAUGUCUAUGCUUUGGAAACGGAUGUUACAGGACAGUAAACAACAUUGGAGGCGAACUUAUAAGGCUCUCCUGGUUUUGAACUAUCUCAUUAAAAAUGGCUCUGAGCGUGUUGUCACAUCAUCUAGAGAACAUAUAUAUGAUUUAAGGUCAUUAGAAAACUUUACAGCCAUAGAUGAGAAUGGAAAAGAUCAAGGUGUAAACAUUAGGCAUAAAGUAAAGGAGCUAAUAGACUUUAUACAAGAUGAUGAUAGAUUACGGGAGGAGAGGAAAAAGGCUAAAAAGAAUAAAGAUAAAUAUGUCGGAAUGAGCUCUGACAUGGCUGGAAUGAAAUUUGGUUCCACUUCAGAAAGAUGGGAUGAUAGACAAUACAGUAAAAACGAUUUUGCUGACAAUAGCUGGGACGACAAUUCCAACAACAAGUAUCGUGAUAAAUCUAUUGAGGAAGACGUAGAAAACGUUGAUAGUGAUGAUGAUAGUCCUCCAAGAGGAAGAAGUAAUAGUGCCAAUAGAUAUAAAGAUGAAGGAAGGCCAGGAAGUCCCCCAGUCCCCGCAACUACAUAUCCUGAUAAAAAAGUUAAUUUGAACUUCAAUGCUAAUAUCACUGCUUCACCAAAGAAAAUUCAGAAGCCAUUAAUAAAGGUUGAUUUAGGAGCCGCAGCUAAUUUUGGCAGAGAUUCAACACAAAGUCCUCUUCCGAGACCUCCUAGCCGUGGAAGUUCCGCUGAUCUAUUUGAUGAUUUUAAUCCUAGGGCUGGUGAAAAAUCGGAAAGCAUUCGUAACGAGUUUGGAAGUUUUGAAGCAGCAUUUAAUAGUCCAGCAGAGCCAAGUAGCAAAGUUGCUGAUGACUUUGCCGAUUUCAGUUCAGCAUUUUCAGGAACGAAACUUCCUCAAUCAAAUUUGCUCAUUUCCUCAAGCACGUCCACUGUUUUACCAAACAUUAUUGCUCCAAUUCCUAAUCAAACUAAUUUACUGGUGGCCUCUCCAAAUCUCCUUGAAGGCCCACCAAUGCCAUCCAGUGGAAAUUUGAUGGGAGAAUUUGCACAAGCACCUACAGCUACAAGUCAGUUGCCAUUUAUCUCUGCGACCCAACCUGCUAUAUUUUCUAAUCAACUUCAGUCAAGUCCGCCCAAAAAGAGUGAAAAUGAUCUAUUGGGAGAUCUCACAGAUUUUGGUAGUUUAAGUUUACAACCUGCCAAGCCCGCAGAAAAUGGCAAUGGGAAUAUUAAUAAUAAUUUGAAUGAUGGGCUGACAGGGGGAGUUUUAGGACUUUUGGACAAUUUUAAUGAUACACUGACAACCAAGGAAGGCAAUAGCAAAAUCACAGUGCAAAAAUCGUUAGAAGAAUCGACAGUGGCCACAAUAGAUAAGAUAACGAAAAUUGGAAAAAUAUCGUCCCAAGAAGAUAUAGAAAAAAUUUUACAGUAUUUGGAUGACGUUUUGAAAAAUUAUCCUCAAAAAUUGAAUAUUCAAAAACUACAAGGAUCAGAAGACAUUUCCUAUAAAUAUCUGGCAGAGCAUUCAUUUUCCUCCCUAAUUGAAGUUAUAGUUAAUUUAUUUGAUGAUAAUUUUCCAUUCCAAGAUGGAAAAAUCUAUGAAAGUGUUAAAAACAUUUUCAGCAUUGAAGAUCCAAAUUUUUUUGAAGCAAUUUUGGAAGUGCUUCUCAAGAACAUUAAGAAUAAAAAAAAUACCCAAAGCACAAAUGUUGCUGGAUGUCUUCAAAUUCUAUUUGAAUCAGAUGCUUUAUUUGCUGAUAUAAUUGCAAAUUGCUACUUAACAAAUAUAACUGCAUUUGAUGAUAUUAUUUCUGCAGAUAAUUGGUCCCAUAUGGUCAAUACUAUAAUAUCUUUACCCACUAGAAUUGCUAAGAGAUUAGAAAGAAACGCUCCAAUUUUGCUAUGCAAUAAACAGUUUUCCAAUUUGUUGCUCUAUAAUAUGCUAGAAGCUAUAGAGUUUUUAGCUUCUGAGGUUUAUGCCAAUUCUAAAGCACAAAAUAUUAUCCAUUUUGAAAGAUUGGCGAAAUUUUUGAGCAAUAUUAUUAUACAUUUUAAUGAAACGACUAAUUGCGAUGGAAUUAUUGAUUUUGUCAAUAUUUUGGCACUGAUAACAAACAAACCUUCUCAAAAAUUGGAUCUGUAUCAAGGUAUAUUACAUAGAGUUUUUGAAGUUCUUGAUGGAAUUGCAGUAGAGAUUCUAGUGAAAAUUUGCUUAACAAGACUCGAUCCAAAGAAAUAUUUAAUUACAAACAUAUUGAGCAAAAAACUAUUGAACAAUCCAAACUGGCACUAUAUUUUAUGUACUAAACUUCCGUUCACUGAAUACAUAGAAACAAACCAUGAAAAUCUUGUAACAAAUUUAACACUGUAUUUAGCUAAAGCCUCACAUACUGAACUAGUGAAAUUUUUAUUGAAAUUGGUAUCAGUAUGGGCUAAUAAGUCAUCAAAAAAACGCACAAGUGUCGAACAUCAACUGCUAAUAUGUAAAUUCAUAGUUUGUGUAGUGAACUGUUUAAAAGAACUAGGAUUACCUGACUAUGAAAAAUUAAAAAUCAAAAAAAUCGUUUAUGGUGGUUUACAAAUGCAUUUAGAAAUGUCCAUGGAAGCUAUAAGAUAUUCAGGCAUGAGAAUUAGGGAGAUUCUCACAAAAUUAUUACAAGAUGACACUGAAAAUCAAUUGGUAUUUGAUUAUGAUAAAACAAGUACCGAAACUAAAGCAAUCAUUACACAAUUGGAUUAUUUUCUAAAUUUAGAUUUAGUGGAGCUAUAUAAACAAAAAUCUGAUUUUAAUGAUAUUGAUAUUGGAACGUUUAUUUCAAAAUUACGUAAUAAAUCUGAAGAUGUACAAUAUAUUCCCCCGGAACGUAAAUUUCGCUUAAAACUGCAACAAGAGCUACACAAUGAAAUUGUUAUUGCAGAAUAUGUGAAACCAAAACAUGAAAUUAUUAUAAUUGAUAAAACCUUGGAAUUAGAUUCUGACGAUGAAUUUGAACCCUUUGAGACUGAUAAUGAAAAAGUAUUAUCCAUCAGACAACCUCCAGCUUAUCUAAGAGAUCUUGUUACUAUUUUAGUAGAAGAAAACAGUGAUGUAGAUUCAUUCACUUUAUGUUUGGAAAAUUGCGAAAAACUAGUAAUCCAACAAUUACCAAACGAUGAUGCCAGCAUUGGAUUAGAAAUACUUAAAAUACUAAUAGCUUUAGAUAUGAAAUUUUAUGUGGAAAAUUUUGAUAACCUCGUUUUUAAAAGUUGUGUGGCAAUAACUUGUGUUUAUCCAGCUGUUUAUGCUAAUUAUUUGUGUCAAGAAAUUCAUGCUGAAGCAGGAAACUAUUCUCUACGUCAAAAAAUAUUGAUGCUUGAUAUUUUAGGACAGGCCAGCAGAAGUUUAUCUAAUUUAACUAAGCCAGUUGAUGAAGAUGGUGAUGAAAUAAAAAGAAAUAAUAAAGGAAAAGUAAAUUCGCAUCAAGAAAUUAUCAAAAAACGUUUAGAAAAUAACACGAGGUAUUUUCACAAAGCAGUAAAAUACGAACUAAGAAAUAAAUUCGCCGAUGUGGCAGGUCAUUUCUUUUUUCCAUUAACGCGUGGCCGUAAUGAGCAGGAAAUUUUAUCUGGAGUUGACUUGAAUUUCUUAUUACACUUUAUAGACACCUUGACAGGUAUAGUGUUUUGUGCCGAAAAUUGUCCCAUAGCCCCAAAAAUGGCAGAAGAAGCAUUUUAUCUCACAAUAUUUUUGCGUAAUCAUGAAGAUGUCCGAGUUAGGAUAGCAAUAUUACAUUUUAUCGCCACAGUGGUUUCAACAGUACCGGAAAGUAUUUUACUCAAUAAUUCGCCUAAUGAGUUAUUUGAACUACGACUAUGGCUACCUGAUCUAGCCAAAGGGGAACCCAAUACUGAAUGUAGAAAAUUGGCUUCGAGUUUAUUAGAUUUUGUUGAUAGAAUAUUGAAAAUUGGUUUGGAAUAAAUAAAUAUAUACAUGUUUUGCUCACAGGGCAAGCCAUUUACCAAAAAAAAAUAUAAUAAAGAAUUGAUUUUAUGAAAACUGUAACAAGAAUGAAAAUGCAGUACCCAUUGUAAAGCAAACAUUAGUUUAUACUCAUAUACUCACUAAGUGAAAAUAUGUACUUAUAUUUGAAAUGUAAUGAUUAGUAUUGUUUCAACAGUUCAUUAAUAAACCCAUAUAUUCCUAUUAUUGUUUUUUCAAUUUAUG